AUGCCAAAAUUGGUUGAUGAUAACAAAGUAUUUAAAGAACGAUUAGGUAUUCUAGCAUUUGUUCAACGAACGAGAAUACAUUGUAAUCAUUCGGGAAAACCACGCCGAUUACCAACUUUUGUUUCCGUCGUUCAAAACUGCCGAGAAAACAACGCCGAUUACCAACUCCUCCGCCGCGAGCAAGUCGCGGAGAAAUUCUCCGGAAGAAUUGAUGUUCCGGAUGACUGGGCUGGUCUUUUAACAGAGCACGGUGGGGUGAUAAGAGCCGCGAAAGCGGUGACGAUGUUUCAGGCACUGGCGCGGAACCACGGUGCUGUUUUGAAGGACAAUGUUGAGGUAAGGGAUAUCAAAAACAACGGUGGUGUUGUCGUUUUGGCUACCGCGAACGGUGAGAAUUUUCGUGGGAAGAAAUGUGUAGUAACGGUGGGAGCAUGGGCGAGUAAGUUAGUUGAAAAGAUUACCGGUGUUCAACUUCCGAUUCAGCCUCUGGAAACUCUUGUUUGUUAUUGGAGGAUAAAGGAAGGAUAUGAAGGGAAAUUCUCAAUUUGGGGCGAGUUUCCGACGUUUGCUAGCUUGGGUAGGGUUUGUUUGUAUGGAUCUCCGAGUUUGGAGUAUCCGGGUUUGAUUAAAGUGGCGGUUCAUAGCGGUAACCCGUGUGAUCCGGAUAAGAGACCGUGGGGUUCUGGUGUGAUGAUGGAUGAGAUGAAAGAGUGGAUUGAAGGGAGAUUUUGUGGGUUGGUUGAUUCAACCGAGCCUGUGAUGAAACAGUUUUGUAUGUAUUCAAUGACACCGGAUGAGGAUUUUGUGAUUGAUUUCUUGGGUGGUGAGUUUGGGAAGAAUGUGGUUUUGGGUGCAGGGUUUUCGGGUCACGGGUUUAAGAUGGCUCCGGUUAUUGGGAAGAUAUUGACUGAGCUUGCGGUGGAUGGGCAAACUAAUGAAGUUGAUUUGAAGCAUUUUAGGAUUGGAAGAUUCAAUGCGAGUUCCAAGCUUUAGGUAACUUUCUUGUCG